AUGUCGAGCCUUACGGAAUAUCAAAUAGCCAACGCACUUGCUCUGGCCCUCGAGUACCAGUGGCAAAAGGCCGACUCGGCGAUAGCGGACGACCCGGACAAGGACCUGGUGACCCUGGGAUUCUACAGCGACGGACUGACGAGUUUCGGCAAGGCGGUGGUCCGCGAGCUCAACCGGCUCGGCAUGCUGGUCGACUUGUCGCACGUCUCGGUGCGAACGAUGCGGGACGCCUUGGCCGUGUCUACGGCGCCGGUCGUUUUUUCGCACAGUGCCGCCCGAGCCCUCUGCAACUCAUCGAGCAAUGUACCCGACGACGUGCUCAGGAAUCUGACGUUCAACGGCGGCCUCGUCAUGGUGAGCUUCGACAGCGCCCACCUCAGCUGCGGAGAUAAGGCAUCAAUGCACGACGUCAUAGCUCACAUCAACCACAUAAAGGAAGUGGCCGGCGUCGACCACGUCGGCCUCGGGGCUGGCUACGACGGAAUAUCCAGUCCGCCCACGGAGUUGCCCGACGUGUCGGGGUACCCGCUGCUGUUGGCCGAGCUGACGCGCGACCGCAGAUGGCCAAGCUCGGACAUAAAGAAACUAGUCGGCGGCAACCUGUUGCGGGUGCUCAAGGAGGUGGAGCAUCACGCGUCGACCCUGUCCAACCAGACACCGGCCGAGGAGUGGAUAUCCCGGGACCUCAUCGAGGGAUCGACCUACUGCGCCUACCUCGGCGUCUGA